AUGUACAUCUUUGAAGUAUUGGUCAAACUUUUUGGUUUGGGAUUUCGAAAGUGGGCAUCAUCUCUGUGGAAUAUUUAUGAUGGAAUUAUCAUAAGCAUGCUACUGGCUACCAGCAUUCCAAGAUUUUAUUACAUGCUCAGUGUAGAGUGGAAUAUAGUGUACAAGCUAUUGUUGAUCUGCGUCGCAUUCCGUUUAGCGCAACGAAAUGAAGCGCUGGACACUUUGUUUCGCGCAGUGCAGCAUGCAAAUUUCCGCGAUUUCGGACUCACGAUCCUGACGUUGUUCCGAAUGGCGACGGGGGAAAAUUGGGAUUUCUUGAUGCACGAUUAUUCGGUGCAAUCACCCCAGUGUGUGGAGGGCGAAGAUUGUGGAUCCUCCGUGGCCGCCACGACGCUAUUUGUCAUGUUUUAUGUCAUAUGUACCUAUAUUUUUGUCAACCUCUUUACUGUGAUUGUCAUUAAUAAUUUUUCGUUUACAUUUGACAAGCGUAACCGAUUUACGCUGGUGACGCGCACCGAUUUGCGGUAUUUCAAGGAAGCAUGGUCCGAGUUUGACCCUCGAGCGACGGGGUACAUGGACAUGAAUGAUGUACCUGGAUUUCUUCGAAAACUCAAGGGCAUUUUGGCUAUCCACAUCUACGACUCCAAGCACAGUUUGCAAAACUUGCUGAAAGCAAGUAAUAAGAUCGACCGCAACAGUUUUCAUUACGUCUCUGUUCCUGGCCCGGCGAUUGAAUCCACCGCCUUAUCGACUAUUCAAAGCGCCAUUCCCGGAGAACGGCUGUACAAUUUCUACGCCGUCAAUAAAUUACUAUCGACCAUCAAUGUCGAAAAAAUCAGAGAUCGACGCAAUCGCUACAUCGAAUUGUAUCAGGAAAUUUUAUACACGUCCGGUUCACGGGGAAUCGCUUUUCAUGAAAUGUUGGAAAUUUUGGCCAUACGCUUGGUCGAUGUCACCAAAUCACUGACAUUUGAUGAACUUGUUCAUCGUGCGAAAAAGCAGGAAAAAAUUGACAAGAUGUUGGCACAGGAGAAAGCAAAGAGUUUUGUCGCCAUGUUGCUGGUGCGUCGAAAGUAUCUAAAAGCUAGACAAUUGAAGCAAGAGCGCGAGAUGCCCAGUCCCGGUCACCUGGACGACUGGGAACCCGACCCAGCCAACCGUCGAGUAAGCAACACGAGGACCAAGUCCGCAGACGGGUUACAACAACCCAUACCGACGUCACCGGUCAACGCCGAAUCACCAGUUCCCAUGAUCGUAAUUGAAAAACCGCAACAGCUUUUGCAAUCACCACUAUCAAAAGGGAUGGAUGAAAACAAGAUCGAAAAAGGGACAUCACCCGAGCCAGAGCCCGCGCCCGCGAUAGCAUCAUCAUCGGAGGCACCAUUGGGAUCUCCCAAGCUACAGCGUAAGGACAAGCCGGUUUUCAAGUCCUUGGAGCCGUUGCACAGUCAGGUACCAUUGGUUCACGCGGAUGUACCAAGGUUAGCUCCCGCUCCCGCUCUCCGGCGAAGUUUAUCGGAACGUCGAGGCGGCCAGGUCUCCGGUUAUCACGAAAAACAACGAGAGUGGGACCCCAAGGAACAACUACCCGAGCAAACGGACGACAUUUUCACCAAAUAUUACGCAGUAGACUCCAUGAUGGAGACCAUGCCGUCCCCCGAUGCUCAAGAUCUCAAUGAGCGAGUCGCUCACAGCCAAUGGUCAGACAUGCUCAAGGAUAUAGACAAACAACAGAAAGGAUGA